GUUGCUCUUCUUCUACUUCUACAUCAUCCCCACAACUUCUUCUUCCUUCUCCACACCAAUCGAUACCGGUUGAAUCAACAACACACUUCUUGCACGCAAUUGACACAAUAUCACCAUGGCCGAGGUCGCAAGCCAUCCCAAAGCCGCUGAUGGCUCGAAGCCAUUGAAUGUCCUGAUGGUGGGCACAGGAGAGUAUACCACCGGGUUCGUAGGUGGAGGCGCCUCUGGAUCAGACAAGAAAGUUGGCGUCGUCGGCUUGACGAUGUUUGAUUUAAGACGACGAGGAAAAGUUGGAAAAUUGUCCAUGGUUGGAGUAUCAGGGAAAAAAUACCCCGCAAUCCGCGAACAUCUCAACAAGAACAUCUGCCAAUUCUACAACAACCUCGACACUUCCUUCGCAUCCUACCCCGCAGACGACAAAGUCGACCCGGAAUCCUACAAAACCGCCAUCGACGCCCUCUCCCCCGGCGACGCCAUAACAAUCUUCACCCCAGACACGACCCACUACCCCAUCGCUCUCUACGCCAUCGAACGCAAAAUCCACGUCCUGAUCACCAAGCCCGCGGUCAAGACCCUCGAGCACCACCAAUCGCUGCUCGCGGCCGCCAAAAAGCAUGGCGUCUUCAUCUACAUCGAGCACCACAAGCGCUACGACCCGGCGUACGCGGACGCGCGCUUCAAAGCGCAGUCGUUGGGUGAUUUCAACUAUUUCUACAGCUACAUGUCGCAGCCGAAAUCGCAGCUCGAGACCUUCAAAGCGUGGGCGGGCGUCGAUUCGGACAUCAGUUACUAUUUGAACAGUCACCAUAUCGACAUCUGCGAGUCGAUGGUGCAGCAACGGGGCUAUACGCCGGUUAAAGUCUCCGCGAGCGCGAGUAAAGGGGUCGCGGUGGGACUCGGCUGUGAUCCGUGUACGGAGGACACGAUCUCGUUGCUGGUGCAUUGGGUGCUGAAAUCUGAUCCGAGUAAGCGGGCGACGGCUGUGUAUACGGCGUCGUGGACGGCGCCGCAGAAGGCGGGGGUGCAUUCGAAUCAGUAUUUUCACUAUAUGGGCGGGAAGGGCGAGAUUCGGAUUGAUCAGGCGAAGAGGGGGUAUGAUGUUGCGGACGACAAUGUUGGGCAGCUGAUGUGGUAUAAUCCGUUUUAUAUGCGGUAUGCUCCUGAUGAGGAGGGGAAUUUUGCGGGGCAGGGUGGAUAUGGAUAUGUGAGUUUUGAGAAGUUUGUAGAUGGGUGUGUAAAGGUUAAUAAGGAGGGUCCGGGGGCGUUGGAGGAGCUUGAUAAGAGGGGUUUGCCGACGCUGAGGAAUACGGUUGCUACGACUGCUAUUCUUGAGGCGGGGAGGAGAGCUUUGGAUGAGGGGAGAGAAGUGGGUAUUGAAGAGCAUGAUGGGGUUUGGAAGCUCAUUUGA